AACAAAGAGGUACUCAUAAGCGCUAGACUGGUAAGUUUUCACGUCUUGUUCCCAUUAACGGAACAUGUGUCUGUAAAACACAAGGUUCAAGUGAUGAAGUGUUAUUGUACGUGUUAUGCAGAUAUCAGUCUUGUAUAAUUAGGAAUUGGAAGGUGAAAGUGAAAAGCGUUCUUCGACAGCCAAUAUGCCUUAGAGAUCUUUUCGAUUUGAGAUUCUAAGGGACUAAGGAAUCAAAUAUUAAUCAAUUGAGGAUAAGAGGAAAUACUUGGGUGGUGAGUUCACAAUGGUAUGUCCUUUCCAAGUACAGACUCAAGUGUCGUUGUUAUGCAACUGAUCUUUAAGAUUUGUUUGGAAUCAUUGCAACAUCGUCUCUCUUUGAAUUAACGUCAUGUUUGAGAAACGAGAGUAAAGGAAACUCUGCAAUCGUCACCUUGUAACAAAUGUAAGAACGCAGAAUUAACCCAUGAAAACUUGACGGCGGAAAAACCUACACGGCAAUUUUCUUUAAAUCUGUUCACGAUUUAGAAAAGCAACUCAAUACAUCAUAGAGCUAGACAACAAUAUUUACAUAUGGUGAAUUAUCGCUUCAGUGCUUGUCUAAACUUCUGAAGGAUCCUUACUUAGACAGUCGCAAAGUUGGAAAUCCUUUCGAAAAACCUGUAGAGCAAUUAUGGACUUUUUGCUAGUUGGAUAAAUCUUACUUCGUACAGAAACGAACUAAAAGGGUCAUCUACUCGUUUCGAUAGAGACGGUCUAUGGAACAAGGAUCCUUAACAAUGCACAAUGGACGGACUUAUAUCACCUCAAUACCACAAAGUGGGAUUCUUUUUAUCAAAGGCAUGAUCAACUGAGCAACGCCGCCACACUAAACUACAAAUGUUCCUUCUUUACUGCGAUUAGCCGAAGUGGUAGCAGAAUUGGUAGAUUUCAUUUUAUUGCGCAGUAUUAAUUGGUAACUAGGAUAUUUCGACAUUUCAAUCAAUGUGCUUUCAAGAUAGCAAGAAGGUGAAAAAUAUGAACGGCGAACCUACAAUUCACUUUGAGUUUUCUGGAUUUGUAAAAGUUGUUAACAGAAGUUAGCUUGACUGAGGUAAAUGAUAUUUUCAAGACUUGAUUUAGUUUUGAAGUUUUGUUUGACUGAAGAUUUAAGGCUGACUUAAAGUAGUGUCUGAAUUUCAGACGUAACACCACACAUUGUUUUUUUUCUCAGAUGGCAUGGUAAUGAAUCUUGCAGUCUGAUUGGUUUUUAGCGCGGUCUGUAUUUUCCUAUCUCUGCCCACGGGCACGGUAACACUUUCGUGAGUCACUGAGAACAUCUCUCACUUCGUUACCAUUCAUCAUAAAUAAAUUUUGUUUUUCCGGCUGGGCAUUACUUUCAAGCAAAGUCAUGAUUUUGAACAAAUCAAGUUCAUUCUUGAUAACUUGUUCAUCGUCUCUUUUCUCACUCCCAAAUCACUUUGGAGUUGCCGACAGAAAAUUGUUUUCGAAACGAAUUUCUGGUAGCAAAUGUGUCAUUAAAUUGGUUGACACGCGGCCUAAAACCAGUUAUCAAUUAACUUUAUUCCUUCACAAAAAGUAACUCAGUUAGUCUUACUCCUUAAGCUUUCAGGUGACAAGUUAUUCGCGUGAUCAUUGCUUCCCUCCUGCUCGGCGGUGAUCUCUCGUAGACUUCUAACGUACUCGGUUGCCCACCGUUUCCACAUAAAUUCCUUAAACUUAAGUAAAAGUUUUGCUCUCUUCCUUGGGUCUUUGUCGGGCACAUCAUGUGUUUGUAGUUCGGGAAGAUGGUUCGGGUCGUUGUGUAGCAUGGAGUUUGGCGUCAACUCUGGAAGCUGGACAUCCUCUUCAAGAUACCUCAAGGGGCGGUUAUUAUGCUCUACGUCAACAUCAAGAACUACUUCUAAUUCUGCCCAGCGGGGCGUUCCCUUACCAAUCGUCGUAUAGAAGGCUGCUUUGAAGAGGCUGAUAAUUAAUGGUUAGGCCAGCUAAGAGCACAUGAAACCUUUCGUCUUGUUGCACCUUCUUCAACCAGUUCUCAGCAGCUUUGAAUGUAGACCCAUUUUGCGAAUAGAUUAUCUCCGGUCUCCCCCUUCGUGCUAUGAACUGCUUGAGGCUUGCCAUGAACUCGAAGGUUUCCAAGGACUUCAGUAGGUGAAGGUGAACAGCUCUGGUUAGACUGUAGGCGUACAAGACUAAGUACGCCUUGCUCUCGGCUUUGGCUCUAGAUGUGUAGCGAAUAGGUCCCGCGAAGUCUACUCCUAUUACUUGAAAAGGUUUUGAAUCUUCUGUUCUGGUUUUGAGUAGAUUUCCUGUCAGCGAGGCCAAGGACGUCCAGGGAACACAACUGCUCAUAGUCGGUGUAAGCUGACUGUGUUAGCAGUAUGUGGCUCGUAACAUCCUCGCCUCUCGGUGACAUAACGGUCCAUCCAAAAAGUGUUUUCUCGGCAACAGGUUCUCCUGAUUCUCCGACUCUUUUUGCGGUACUUGUUUCGAUUGUGGUGUACGUGCUCGCGCCUAAGACAACGUGUAUGGGAAUUUAAUUUCUUGUGUCGAUGUGUACCAUCUUCACUCCCUUGAGGUGAUCGUAUUUAAUUAGCAAAGUCGCAUAAUUAGGGUUAUCGAGCAUCAGAAGUUGCGGCUUAUGAACUUUCGUUAGUUCAAUGUUUAUGUUGAAUUUUCCAUUAACGGCUCCAAGGGUCGUAGAACAAAUCUCUACAUUAGUGGUGGAUGAUCCAAGCAUCAUGUCAAUUCUUUUAAUCUCGGUUUCUUCUGGUCCUUUGUUGAGAAGAGAGAGAUAAGUUUACUUGAGGCGUACGAACCCGUCAAUUUCCACAAGAAUGAUAGGAUAAAUGACUUCUUUGUUUUCUGAUCGAUGAGCUGUCAAAACUCCUUCGGUUUUCACUCUCUUGAUGAGCCGCAGAUUUAAGUGUAAUGCCGUUUACCACCAGGCGGUGUGCGCACUCCGAUUGCGUUGCAUUGUGGUAGCUUCAAUUUCAAUAUGGCGGUGAAAGCAGCAGAAUUCGGCAGAUUUUGACUGAACAUUCCGUGAAAAUAAGGCCGUUCCUUUUUCUUUUCACCAUGGGCAAAUGUAACUUGAUUUAUUCUGAAUGUGUAAAAGUAUUUUUUGUACGUAUUUGUCGCGUAUUCUAUGUUUUCUUGUAUGUAAAUUGAGACCAGAUUUCAAGAAGGUCAAAUUUGAUUUACGUCGUAGUUUGGAGCCUUUCAAAGAUUUGGAUGGCCGCUCUAAUCCUUCUUAACAGCUCUGACCAAACACUCUCCAACGGUACAUGUGUUUCUUGCAUAUUAAGUGCGGGUGUUUGAGACCGAUUAUGGCCGAGAAAAGGUCUAUUGUUGCGUUACACAGCGUUACUAUUGUAUACUCAAUUGUGCUGUAAAUCUACUUUCCUAAGUAAAAGGAAAUUAACUUAUCGCGAGUGUUGUAUGGUAAAUCUACUAUCUUGAUCACUGAAUGAAGGACAGUUGAAUUUGAGCUAUGAACGGAGUCACUUGACCAAUGAAUAACUCUACAAUGCGCACGGCGACACACCGGGUAAGCCGGAAAGCAAAAGGCAGUCGAUCGUUAAAAGUUGUUGAUGGCUUGAGCGACUCCUGCCAUUCGCUUGCGCUUUUAAAUCUUCUUACCUGAAAGCUUAGCUGUUAUUGGGAUACCCUUUAAUGACUUUCGUUUGCGAUGUGAUAUUAAGGGUUAGUUUUAAGGUGUCAUUUCCCUAUCUGCAUGUUCUUGAGGUUUGGCAAAGCCGGAUGAGAUUGUGUUAUAAAUGGUAAUAGUUUCACGUGUGCGCGCUAUUUCUUUUGUUUUCGUUUACCACCAUAAAGGACAUUGCUUGUUUUAUCUUUUGCCCUAUCACGUUGUUAAAGCUUCGUUUUGAGAGCAGAUUCGGCGUUUUCUAUGUUUUCGAGGUUUAGGCGUUUAUGGUGUAGGCUUCGUUACUUGUUUAGAUUUCAUCGAAAGCACAUGGUAAUUUGAGGACGUUUUAAUGUACACUCGCGAUCCACCCACCGUGGCCACCACAUUUCCUGGAAUUCUCCGGCCGCUGGAGUCAGUAUCCAGGAAGGUCACAGAAUCGAUUUUGUAACUUUAAUGAACAGUCACAGGUUUCUCAAGGUCUUCGCACGGUCAAAGGCUUACUUAAAUCACAUUGCUUCUGAUUGACAACUCAUUGGGUGUGUACUUUCCGGUUAAUUGAUAUUUUUCCGUAGCCAACGAUUACAUAAUAGCGUAAUGUGUGCCCCAGUCCCCGACACAAGACAACGAUUCGACAGACAGCUUUCAGAAUUACGAUUCUAAGCGAUUGCUAAUGUUAUUGUAUCAAGGCUGGAAUUACAUAAAUAAAAGGAAACCUCGUUUUUAACUUUAUGCAUGACAAAUUUUUGCGACCUCUGUGUUCGAAAUCCGGAAGCCAACGUGAAGCUCCGCCAGUACCAGUUGCUUUCUCUAAAGAUUUUUUUCUUUUCUUGACAGAGCGGUUCUCUUUCUUUGUUUUUGAGGCUUGUAUUUUUUUCUAUUUUUACUAAGGCCUUUCUCCUGCUUUUGAUUAUUCCACGAGCAAAGAUUUUUCCAUAAGCAAAGAGCUUAUGCCACGUGUGAAUUUUCUCAAGUGCGUGAUGUACACAAAAUACACAAGCAAGCCCUCAGGGGAUUCGUCCAGCUACGAGGUGAUGACACCUUCCUGAACAAUUAGCUUUUAUUUCAAAUUACAUUUUUCUAAAUAACUCGGGUGCUUUUGAAGAUUUAAAAAUGUUUUUUCGCUUGGAGAUGUUAGGUAAAAUGUUUGAACUCAGGUUAGUCAAAUGAAAGAAAAAACGAUGUUUUUCUGCCUCUGAAGGUGGGUGGUAAACAUAGACACACGUCAUCUUUAAGUCUUGCAUUUCAUUAUGCCUAACCUUUUGAAUUAUUUAGGUCUACUUUCAUCUGAUUAGGUUGGACUGCAACAGAAAUUCCUAUUUUAGAUCAACAAAGAGGUACUCACAAGAGCUAGACUGGUAAAUUUUCACAUCUUAUUCCCAUUUACAGUAUUUAAGGAACAUGCGUCUGUAAAAUACCAGGUUUGAGCGAUGAUGGGUUAUUGUACACGUUAUGCAGAUAUCAAUCUUGUCGAAGUAAGAAUUCGAAAGGGAAAGUGAAAAGCGUUCUUCGACAGCCAUUAUGCCUUGGAGAUCUUUUCGAUUUGAGAUUCUAAGAGACUAAGGAAUCAGAUGUUAAUCAAUUGAGAAUAAGAGGAAGUAGUUGAGUUGUGAAUUCACAACGGUACGACCUUUCCAAGUACAGACACGAGUGUCGUUGUUAUGCAACUGAUCUUUAAGACUCGUUAGAAAAUUAUUGUUGCCUCGUCUCUUUUGAACUAACGUCAUGUUUGAGGAUGGAGAGUAAAGGAAACUCUGCAAUCGCCAUAUUGUAAAAAAAGUAUGUAAGAAUGCAGAAUUAACGCAUGAAAACUUGACGACGGAAAAACCUACACGGCAAUUUUCUUUAAAUCUGUUCACGAUUUAGAAAAGCAACUCAAUGCAUCACGACAAAUUUUUACGUAUGGCGAAUUAUCGCCUCAUGCAGUGCUAGUCUAAAAUUCUGAAGGAUUCUUACUUAGACAGUCGUAAAGGUUGCAAUCCUUCUGAAUUACCUGUAUAGCAAGUAUGGAAUUUUUGCCAGUGGGAUAAAUUUUAUUUCGCUCAGACAAGAACUAAAAGGGUCAUCUAAUCGUUGCGCUGGAGGCGGUCUAUGGAACAGGGAUCCAUGACAAUAACCCGAAUUAACUUCGAUGCAUUAUUUCAUAUAAGUCUUCGGUCCGAUGAACUAUAAUUCUGCUGGAUCCAAGACUAAUUUCGCUUAUCUGACAGACAGAUACGUUUAUGCAAAUUUUAAGGAGUAAAAUUUCCGCACAGCCCCAUUAUGUAUUUAGUUCUUGGAUAAAGAAAACAAUAACUUAAACAAUACAUUUCCAUUAGUAAAACAGAUUUGUUUUACAAUAGUAUGGGGCUAUGUGGAAAUUUUACUAAUAACUUUUCUUGAGAAGUUCCAUAAAUUAAAUGUUAGUAUCGUAAAAGAGAUUGUUGUUCAUCGUGGUGUUAAGUAAUAAUAACUUUGUCUCAUUAUGUUGUCAUUUGAAGUGUCGAACGCGAAGUUUCGACUGCUUACUGCUCGACCUCAUGAGGCGAUGAGGUCGACUGCUCACGCGUUACCUUUUGUAGCACGGCGAUCUAUUACGUUCCAGUGGGUUCUGGUUUUCCAAGAGGUCUGACUCCAAGUUGUCCAUCGGCGGUUUGCCGAGGGAACAAAAUGGAAAGGCGGUUUCCUGAGUAAACUUUGCUCGGCGGUUUGCUCCUACGGUAUCAAAGGGCGCUUUUCAUUCAACUAAUUUAUUCUUAAGAUAUAUUAAAGUUUACAAGGCAACCAGAUGGACGAUCAAACAUAGUUUAAGGCUACUCUGGUUUAAAGAUUUAAUAACUGUAACAGAGAAGUUACAAUUCAGACUCAUUGGUCCAAUGGUUUAUGGGGUCUAUGAAUUUUAAAUUCUCGAUUAAAUUGAUUGAAUCUUUAAACCAGAAUAGCAUCAAACCAUGUCUAAUUUAUUCUUUUUUUUCUCGUCAGACAGAAGGGACAGCGUUUUAUGGUUGUUACAGAGGAAGGGAAAUAAUUUUUUUGUUCUUAAAGUCGUACCAGAGAACCCUCAACAGAACACAUACCAGGAAGCAGACGGUAAGCUGGUCUUGAACUUUUUUCACGCGCGUUGCAAUAUCUUUGAAGGGUAAUAAGCACAAUAGCCUCUAUUUAGCAAAAAACCAUGCUCCUUGGACAUCUGUUCCUCGAAGCUCACAAUUCUUAUUUCGAAACAGUUAACGUCCGCGGACAAAUAUCCGUGCAUAUUUUCGCGCGAUAUCGAGGCUAUUAUUUUUAUAUUUUUGCGUCACGAAAAUCACUUGGUUAUCGCUUAAGCUGGUAGUACAUUUUCCCUCCCAAAGAGGUAAUCAAGCUUUUGUCUCGAAAUAUUUCUUGGUCAUUUUAGCCUUGCUCCGUAGUCACAAAUUCCAGGUGACAAGUGAUUCGCGUGAUCAUUGCGGGAGACGAGUUUUUCUGCACAAGCGCGAGCUCGCCGAGCUGAAAGAAAAAAGGAAGAAAAUGGACUGAAAAGCGAUGGCCAUAUGAUAAAAUACUUGUUGACUGAGUUAGGUCGGGAACUCACUGCGUUUGUCCUGUACGUUAUUAUCCCAAGCCAAAUAGUUUCCCGUGUGGCCCUCCCACCAUGACAACCUGCAACCCACUGCAUAAAUAUCUGUCACAAAAUAAAUAUGCCAGAUAUUUAAAUACAGGUCAUCUUCGGAUCUUGCAUCUCAUUACUUUUAUAGUAUAAUUUCAUCUGAUCAGUUUGGAUCUGCAACAGAAAUUCCUUCUUUUAUAUCAACAAAGAAUUACUCAUAAGAGCUAGACUGGUAAGUUUUCAUAUCUUAUUCCCAUUUAUAGUAUUUACGGAGCAUAUGUCUGUAAAACACAAAGUUCAAGUGAUGAAGUGUUUCUGAACGCGUUAUGCAGACAUCCGUCUUGUCUAAGUGGGCUCGAAGCAGACUGUUUGCAAACUUCACAUACAAAGAUACGGGAGAAAAGUUAUCGUAUUUGCUAAUAUGGCACUUUGUUUAUCGAUUGUGACAGGAGCCUAUCAUCAUUUCAUCUGAUCAGUUUGGAUCGCCGACGGAAAUUCCUUUUUUAGAUCAACAAAGAGCUACUCAUAAGAGCUAGACUGGUAAGUUUUCAUAUCUUGUUCCCAUUUAUAAUAUUUAUGGAGCUAGUGUCUGUAAAACACAAGGUCCAAGAGAGGAAGUGUUAUUUUGCGUGUUAUGCAGAUAUCAAUCUUGUCUAAUUAGGAAUUUGAAUGUGAAAGUAAAAAGCGUUCUUCGACAGCCGCUAUGCCUUGGAGAUCUUUUCGGUUUCGAGACUCCAAGAGACUAAGGAAUUAAAUAUUAAUCAAUUAAGGAUAAGAGGAAGUGGUUGAGUGGUGAAUUCACAACGGUUUGUCCUUUCAAGUACAGACACGAGUGUCGUUGUUAUGCAACUGACCUGUAAGAUCCGUUUGAAAAUCAUUGCAACAUUGUCUCUCUUUGAAUUAACGUCAUGUUUGAGAAACGAGAGUAAAGGAAACUCUGCAAUCGCCACAUUGCAAAAACAAGUAUGUACGAACGCAGCACUGACGCAUGAAAACUUGACGGCGGAAAAACCUACACGGUAAUUUUCUUUAAAUCUGUUUACGAUUUAGAAAAGUAACUCAAUACAUCAAGUUAGACGACAAAAUUUACAUAUGGUGAAUUAUCGCUUCAUUGCUUGUCUAAAAUUCUGAAGGAUCCUUGCUUAGACAGUCGCAAAGUUUACAUUCCUUUCGAAUAACAUGUAUAGCAAUUAUGGAAUUUUUUGCCAGUGGGACAAAUGUGAUUUCGCACAGACACGGACUAAAAGGGUCGUCUAAUCGUUGCGCCAGCGACGGUCUAUGGAACAAGGAGCCAUAACGACGCGCAAUGGACGGACCUCUAUUACCUGAAUACCACAAAGUGGGAUUCUUUUUAUUAAAGGCAUAAUCAACUGAGCAACGCCGCCACACCGAACUAAAAAUGUUCCUUCUUUAAACACAUAAUUUUUUAAGUGCAGAUUUUCUGAAGUAAGGAAAAUUUGGUGAAAAACACAAUCUGAAAGAAGAUUCUUUGCCACUUCAGUAUAUGUAUAGGUAAUCACAUGAUUUCGAGUGCAAUUUGGAAUAAAUAAGCGCGAGUAAAUUUUUUUAAAGACUAACAAAAUUGCACGAGCCCAUUGGGCGAGUGCAAUUUGUGGUCUUUGAAAAAAUUAACAAGGAAAAAUACGAGAUGGCUUAACAUAAUUAAAUAUAAGCAAAGCGCGCGCAUCAAGUGCAAAAAAUAAUUUAUUCAAACCGUGCGUUCGGUCAAAACAACCGCGUAGGAUCAAAACAAUAAUAGGCAAUGAUAUCUUCACAUCUUUAAGGUGCAAGAAAGUUCAAAGUCCGACUAAACAGUUCAAGGAAUUGUUCAGUCUGUGUCCGAAGCACUUUCGAUGAAAUGGAAUCGUCGUUUCCGAGGUUUAACUAUGACUGUUUUUAAUUUCGGCGUUGGAUCGCUCGAGCAAAGUGUUAAGCUAGGUCGGCUCGUAAUUUUCGAUUUCCUUGGCAAUUCCCCUCUCUAAACACUACUUUUUCCAAACUGACAACCAAAAAGCAGUGCUUUUUAUAGUGUUUUCGUUGUUUAAGCUGUUUUUCAGCUGCGGUGGCGAAAGAAAACCUACUUAAAACGCCGGCCAUUGUUUCGCUUUUUUGUUGCGCCAUCCAAGGCUCGCAUUUGAUUGGCUAUCUAUGAGUUUCUUUGAUUAUUGACCAAUCAGAAUGUCUGAUUUGUUUCUUUCUUUGCACUGAAUUAACCCUCUUCUGCACUGAAUUAACUCUCUUCUGCACUGAAUUACCUGAAAACUGCAUUUAUCUUAACCAAUCAGAACUGAGUAAUUUUUCCAUGUAUAUUAUUAGCUGGGUAACAUGCACUAUACAUUAUAUAUUCUUGACCAGGUCACUUAACAAUAUUGAAGAAAAAAAGUUUUAAUAGCCAUUAACAACCGCUUCACAGUUGAAUUGAUUCUGACAAUUUUUACAACACAGAAAGGAAUUAUUUUUCGAGAAAUAUACAGGGUUAGAGAAGCACAUGUACAUACAUAUAUAUAUAUAUAACUGCAGACAGUACUGUUUCGGCCUUCUGGGCCUCAUCAGUGCAGUGCUGAUGCUAGGAUGGAGGUAAGGCCAUAUAGCCACCCCAAGUGAUCUCACAUAUGUGGUAUCAUCUAAGCCAUGCCAGAGUGCUCAAACUAGAAAGACUAGUGAGCAUGCAUAAUGCUAGCAGCAAUGACUCAUCCUAGUAGAGUGCUCAAUUUGGACAUGAAAGCAAAGCUUUGUAUGCCAAAGAGCUGUAUCUAUAUAUAUAUAUAACAUCUUACAUAUUAUCGUGUCAGUAGAAGAUCUUCGGAAAUUUCCAUGCACAUUUCUGGGUCAAUUAUAACUGAACAUCUUUUAUUUUGCCAUGUUAAGAGAAGAUCUACGGAAAUUUCGAUAGACAUGUCUGGAUCGAUUACUACGAAACAUCUUGCAUUUUUCUACGUUACUGGAAGAUCUAUGGAAAUUACUAUGCACAUGUCUAGAUCAACUGUAACUGAACAUCUCUUAUCUUGCCAUGUCAAUAGCAGUUCUAUGGAAAUUUUACAUGCACAUGUCUGGAUCAAUUGUAACUAAACAUCUUUUAUUUUGCCGUGUUAAUAGAAGAUCUAUGGAAAUUUCCAUACACAUGUCUGGAUCGACUGUAACUGGACAUCUUACAUUUUUCCAUGUUACCGAAAGAUCUAUGGAAAUUUCCAUGCACACGCGUGGAUCAAAUGGUAACUAAACGUCUUUCAUUUUGCCAUGCAUGUUAAUAGAAGGUACAUGGAAAUUUCCAUACACAUGUCUGGAUCAAUUAUAACUGAAUAUCUUCCAUUUUGCCAUGUUAAUGGAAGAUCUAUGGAAAUUUCCAUAAACAUGCGUAGAGCGAUUGCAACUGAACAUCUCACAUUUUUCCAUGUUACUGGAAAAUCCAUGGAACAUUUUAUGCACACGCCUGGAUCAAUUAUAACUGAAAAUCUUACAUUUUGCCAUUUUAAUAGAAAAUCUAUGGAAAUUCUCAAACACGUGCCUGGAUCAAUUAUAACUAAACAUGUUACAUUUAACAUCUCGCAUUUUCCCACAUUACUGGAAGAUCUACGGAAAUUUCUAUGCACACGUGUGGAUCAACUGUGACUGAAAAUCUCACAUUUUGCCCAUGUCAAUAGAAGAUCUUUGGAAAUUUCCGUGUACAUAUCUAGAUCAAUUAUAACUGAAGAUCUUCCAUUUUGCCACGUUAAUGGAAGAUCUAUGGAAAUUUCCAUAAACAUGUGUAGAGCGGUUUACUGGAAAAUCUAUGGAACAUUUUAUGCACACGCCUGGAUCAAUUAUAACUGAACAUCUUACAUUUUUCCAUUUUAAUAGAAAAUAUAUGGAAAUUUCCAAACACGUGCCUGGAUCAAUUAUAACUGAACAUCUUUCAUUUUGACAUGUCAAUAGAAGAUCUAUGGAAAUUUCCUUACACUUGUCUGGAUUAAUUUUUACUGAAUAUCUCAUAUUUUUCCAUGUUACUGGAAGAUCUAUGGAAAUUUCUAUGCACAUGUCUGGAUCAAUUAUUACUGAACGUCUUACAUUUUAUCAUGUUAAUGGAGGAUCUACGGAAAUUUCCAUGCACAUGUCUGGAUAAUUAUAACUGGACAUCUUUCAUUUUGCCAUGUUAAUAGAAGAUCUAUAGAAAUUCUCAUUAACAUAUCUGGUGAGAUUGCAACUGAACAUCUUACAUUUCUCCAUGUUACUGGAAGAUCUAUGGAAAUAUCUAUGCACAUGCCUAGAUCAAUUAUAACUGAUGAAAAUUUCCAGACACAUGCCUGGAUCAAUUAUAACUGAACAUCUUUCAUUUUGCCAUGUUCAUAGAAGAUCUAUGGAAAUUUCCAGACACAUGUCUGGAUUGAUUGUAACUGAACAUCUCACAUUUUUCCAUGUUCUAUGCACAUGGCUAGAUCAAAGAUAACUGAACAACUUCUAUUUUGCCAUUUUAAUAGAAAGUCUAUGGAAAUUUCCAUAGACAUGUCUGGAUCAAACAUGACCAAGUAAAUUCUAACAUUAUUAAACAUGUUCAUUACUCGAAUGUUGGUAUCUACAGAAAUGUUCAGUCUUUUAUGUCUGACCAAAAUAAUUGAAUACCAGUACGUAACACUUUAUCAACUCAGUUAUUAUAGGCAUGUCCAAAAAUUGCCAUCUCACACAUGUUGGUACUAAAAUGACCUUAAAUAUCUUACAGUUUACCACAGUACUGUGUCAUCAAGAAAUAAGCAGACCUAUAGAUUGAAGUUUUAAUGGAAAGUCUAUAUCUUUAAAAGUCUAUAAUUUUCGUCCGGGAUGGAAUACCCUUUGUCGUUAUGUCUGAUCUCAUAAAGCAUAACUUUGAAUGUCUGUGGGUGGAAAUCAAGAGACCUAAAUGCAAACGAAUGAUACUGUGUUGUUCUUACAGACCUGAUGAUGGGAACAUAGAUGGUUUUAUUUCAAAUCUAGCUGAUUCGCUAAAUUACAUCGACACUGAAAACUCCGAUAUUGUUUUGGUGGGUGACUUUAAUAUUGAUUAUUCCACCAAGAAUCAGUUACGCCGUAAACUUGAUGAAUUUGCAUUACAACACAGUCUUUCUCAGAUUAUUUGUAAACCUACUCGGGUCACUGAGAACUCUAGCACCACGAUAGACUUGAUGUUCGUUAACAACACUCACAGGGUCGUGCAGUCCGAUGUUCUGCAGUCAAGCAUCAGCGAUCAUAGCAUUGUGUUCUGUACUAUCAAGGGAGGUGUAAAGAAACUUCCACCAAAGUUGCUCGAGUAUCGUUGUUUUAAAAACUACAACAAAGAAGCAUUCUUGCGUGAUCUCAGCAACUUACCUUGGAGCAUAAUCGAAAGUGCUAAUGAUGUUGAUGAUGCCGUGUUCCUCUGGGAAGGUCUUUUCAAUAGCAUUGCAAACGACCACGCUCCGAUAAAAUCAAAGCGUGUGAAGGGGACAAAGACACCGUGGGUUACGAACAAACUCCUCGAAAUUCGGAGUGAUCGAGAUUACCACUGGAAACAGGCUCAGAAGGGUAAGAACUCGCAGUAUCACUGGCAAAUGUACCGAAAAUUGAGGAACUGUGCGAAUAGCGAGGAAAAGAAGCUGAAAUCGAAAUAUUAUUGUCGGCUGAUAGAAGAUGCUAAAGGUGACAGCUCCAAGAUGUGGAAAGCAAUUAAAGAGACACUUCCCUCUAACCACAAUGAAAUUAAUGCAGUUUUUGGUCAUGGAAAAUUGCAGACUGACCCCAAAGGCAUUGCAGAAACUCUAAACAAUCACUUUUCAAGCAUCGGCAAGAGCCUUGCAAAGGCCUUUCGUGGUUUAAAACCGACUCAGUACGAUGCGUUCCUACCUUAUCGUUCUCUCUCAAGUAUGUGACGUCAGCCUUUGUUGAAAAGCAGCUGCGCCUAAUGAAAACCAAUAAAGCGGUAGGACUAGAUAGCAUUAGUGCACGUUUACUACGUGAUGCAGCAAAUGUACUUGCUUCACCUCUGCGGGAUAUCAUAAACCUCUCUUUUGAGAAGGGUCAAUUCCCAUCAUCUUGGAAAUGUGCGAAAGUGACUGCUCUUUUCAAAGAAGGUGAUAAGUCCGAUAAAGAUAACUAUCGUCCCAUUUCUGUCCUGCCCACGGUCAGUAAAGUAAUUGAGAGAGCUGUUCAUUCUCAACUUUACGGCUACCUUGACUCCAACAAUCUGCUUGCUGUGAACCAGUUUGGCUUUAGACGUGCAAGAUCUACCGCUUUAGCUCUAACGCAGUUUACCGAUGAAGUGCUAAGUAAUAUGGAUAAAGGUUUAGUAAAUGGUGUAGUUUUUAUUGAUCUGAAGAAGGCCUUCGACACCGUUGACCAUGUCAUUUUACUCGGGAAGCUCAAAUCUCUAGGAUUACGCAGCAAGAAUCUGGAGUGGUUCCAUUCCUACCUAUCCUCUCGUUACCAGAAGACUGUGAUUGGUCAAGCCUCUUCUCCUGCGCGGAAGGUUUCCGUUGGUGUUCCUCAGGGAUCUAUUCUCGGUCCAUUACUAUUUGCCAUUUACAUCAACGAACUACCCAAGGUCCUUCGGAACACUACGGUCACCUUAUUCGCUGAUGACACUGCUAUCUACUGCUCUUCUCAAUCAGCCCGUGACCUACAGACCAUGUUGAAUCAGGAUCUAGACAGGCUAGCUCAGUGGCUCUACGAGCAUAAACUUACACUAAAUAUCUCGAAGUCUAAAUUCAUGCUCAUUGGCGGUCCAAGGAAACUUAACACCUUAGAAGAAUUCACAUUAAUAAUCAAGGAGAAGGAGUUAGACAGAGUCAAUUCGUUCAAGUAUCUGGGCGUAAUUAUCAAUGAGAAUCUGUCUUGGACUGAUCAUGUGGAUUACAUUAAGACCAAAGUGUCUCAGAGGCUUGGCGUUUUACAGAGAAUAAAACAUCUUCUGCCAAGAAAUACAAGGGAACUCUUUGUAAAAGCCAUGGUGCUGCCAAUCCUUGAUUAUGCAGAUGUGACUUGGGGGGAUAAAUCCAACACCACUCUGAUGAACAAGAUCCAAUUACUCCAGAAUAAAGCAGCUAAAUUAAUUUUAGAUAUGCCAAAGCAUUCAUCAGCAACAGAAGCUCUUGAUCUACUUGGUUGGGAUACAUUGGAAAAAAGGCGAAGAUCACAUCGUCUAUUUUUGGUUUUUAAGUCCUUGAAUGGACUAAUUGAUUGGAAUUUUAAUUUUAAUCAUUUUAAAGAUAUACAUGAUUAUAACACUCGUUUUAAUAACAACAUUUGUAAACCACAAUCAAAGCGUACAUGGGGUCAGCAUCGGUUUGUUUGUCAUGCAGUAGAUGACUGGAACGCUCUCCCAGACGGCAUUAGGAACAUUUCCGAUUUUUCAGUUUUUAGACGUCUUGUUAAGAACAUGUAGUCUCUUCUAUUGAUUAUACCCUUUUAUCCUAUUCUUGAUAACCAUAUUUAUAUUUUCUGUUAUCCUUACGUUAGAUUUAUGCAGGGCCUCACUGAAAACCACACUUUGUGACGUGGGCUCCCUGUCAAAAGAUCUUAUUUAUUAUUAUUAUUAUUAUUAUUAUUAUUAUUAUUAUCUACAUAUAAGCAUGAACAUGCAUUUUACCUUUUUUUUAACUCUUUGUACCUCCUUCUUAAGUACUGUGCAGACUCCUCUCUAAGUCUAUCGUUCUCAUCUAACUCAAUAUCAAAAUAAAUCACACUUUCUUUAGGAAUUUGGGUGGAAGUCCAUCCAGGCCAUGAUACCCACUUUCCUUUGUAGCUACCCUUAAGCCACUGCACAGUGAAGAAGGAGUUAGUGAUCUCUCUUACUUUGGCCAGAUGGGGAGGUUUGUAGUUGCUGUCAAGAUUAACCACAACAAUGCUACCCGGUAGAAUUCCUUCAAAGUUAUCCACCUCAGUAACUUCAGCAGUCGGCCUUCUAUAGGCUCCACUAUACACGUGCAUGUAAACAAAUUGUAAAGUCAAUUUAUCAGCAUGACUAUUCAGUUCAAAAGAUAAUAAUGUUUAAGUUUUUGGAUAGGCAAGUGUGGUUUUAGUCACAUCAAAAAAAUUCAGCUGUGGCUGACACGACUGAAUAAAACAAAUGAUGGAAAGGUUUGGUGGGCAUAUGUACUUCAAGGAAAAUAACCAAGUUUACAUAAGCAGGAGGCUUGAAUUGAGCAUACAUUGUGUAUCUUUUGAGCAUAAAUCACCUCUCGCACAGGAGUAACUUGAGUUCUGACCAUAUCGUCCACAUCCUCAGGGACCCCUUCAGGUUUUUGCCCCAGGAAACCCAGACCAUUUCCAUCAACCUUUGAUUGUUUUUGCCUUUCUUUUUCCUUGUUGGUAAUAAUAUCUUUCAAUGGCCGAGAGAUUGCCCUUUCUGGUGGAUGCCAUCUAAUAUUUUCAGGGUCAAGUAGUAAUGCCCAGUCUUCUUUAUGUCGUUCCAGAAACAAUCUUGAUCUUUAAUACUUUACAAUGUCUGUUCUGAGCCUUUGAAGCUCAAGCUUCUCUGUAUCUGGAACAAUAUAAUAAUCUGGGGGGGCGGGGGCAUCUACAUUAAUUUCCGCAUCUUCCUAACAUAAAUAAUGAGAUUAGCAGGCUUAAAAAACUGUAGCACAAAAACUCCUUCUAGAAAUUUUGAAUUUAAAGGACAUGAAUCAGACAAUACUGAAUGACAUGACUACAGACCAUAGAUAAGCUGCAUUAACUUACAAUAAUUAAGCAGCAACAGUGUUUGUGACUUUUCUACAUGCCAUUAUUUUUAAUUAUUAGUGUGCCUUGUAUGAUGUCAGUAACAAAAUGUAAAAUCAUUGCACAAAAACUGAACAAAACAGGUAUUUAUGAAAAGAGUGUACUUAAUUGAAAGUAUUGCUAGGAUUUUUUUGUUUUUACUCAUUCUUCAUUGCACAGCAGAUUCCACUUACUUUCAAAUGACUUAAGGGGUAAGUUUCUAAAGAAACUGUGGUGCUGCGUCGGUGGGAGAGUAUAGCAGGUAAUUUGGUGUUAACAACUGGGUUGAAAACGUAAAUUAGCCACCGUAAAGGGUAAAAAAGCUAACCUUUACGGUGGCUAAUUUACGUUUUCAACCCAGUUGUUAACACUAAAUUACCUGCUCCACUUACUUUCGCUAUGGUUAACCACUGCUCUGGAUCGGGGCUAACAGGUUUCCAGUUUACCUGUUUAUUACUUCCCCAGUUCUUGUAUUGCAUAACAACUUUUCCAGAUGGAGCUUUUGUAAAUUAAAAAGCAUGUGGGUUUGAAAUGUUGUGAAGUGUGGUUGAAAAGGAUGACAUCCACUCCUUUACAGCAAACACAUGCUCAACCUCCACAGCCUUUGGAGAUGGGGUGUAACAUCACUCAAAGGAUCUCUUAAGCUCUACAAAGUAAGGAGACAAAAAAAUUAGAUAAUGGAUCAGUCCAUUUGGUCAGGAGAGGAUACACAUUGAUCACUUGAAGGGUUAAAAAAUAACUGUAUGAUCAUAUUAAUUGUGCACAUCAAUCCAACCACACAUAUUUCCUUUUUUUACAAAAAUAUCGUGACGACAAACGGUUUAGCGUGAUGACAAAUGGUUUAACGUGACGACAAAUGGUUUAGCGUGACCCCAAAUGCUUUAGCCUGACGACAAACGGUUUAGUAAAAAACCGAAAUGGUUUAGUAUUACAACAGCUGGUUUACGCUGUAACCGCAAAAAACACAUAAGUGAAAUGGACAAGUAAAGCUUGAAAUGAAACAGUCUAUGUGGGGUCUUACGUCACAACCCCCAACUCGAAUUUGGCGCGAAAUUCGUCAGAACGAUCGCGUUAACGAGAUAUUCGCCCCAUCUCCACUCGACGUUCAACAAAGGAAGAAAUUGUUUCUGUAGUCUCGUCUACUAGACUCAGCGCAACUUAUUCCGGUAAUAAUCAUUUUUUAUGUUUGCCCAUUUUCGCUUGUUAGCGAAUAAAUUUAUACCAUCAUAAUCUUGCCGCAAUAUUAGUAAGUAAAUGAUAUUUGGGAUGAAACCGUUUUCAUCGAGCUGGUGAACGUUCAGUAGCUUAACAAUCAGUUACUGAAAAUGAAAAUAAGCUUAAACUUAUAUUUCACAUAAUUUCAGUAUAUGAUUGAUUAGCAUAAUGGCUGUCACGCGUUUUUUCGCUCCUGCUUUACUAGUAACUUUGGGUGUACUAUUGAUAACCAUAUGGUUAGAUUUUAACGAAGAGAAGCCACUAAGGCCCCUUGGUUCAAUCGCUCGCUUCAACGACAAUCCAGGGCGAAACAAAGACUAUAUAACAAGGCAAAGAAAACAGGAUCUGUACAUCACUGGAACAAGUUUUUUGUCGUCAGGAAACGCAUGCACAAAAAUCUUAAGUCUGCAAGGGAGAAGUAUAUCAGCGGCCACCUUUGUGAGGCAAUCAAGGACAACCCAAAACGUUUUUGGUCCUGCACAGAACGGCUUGAACAAAAAAAAUACAGGGAUAGCAGACUUUGAAGUCGACAACAAAGUUAUAUGUGAUGGUGGUCUUAAAUCAGAAAUUUUAAAUAGCCAAUUUUCAAGUGUGUUUACUAAGGAGGACCUUGGAAACAUUCCAGAAAUGGGCUCUGAUUCUACACCUGGCUUGGGUCCUUUGAUUAUCUCAGAACAAGGAGUCUUAAAACAGCUGUCUUCAUUAAACCCUAAUAAGGCCUAUGGCCCAAAUUCCACUCGGUUUCUCAAAACUUAUGCCGCAGACAUUGCUCCAAUACUAACCGACAUCUCUCAAGACUCUAUAGAAAGUGGCAGUGUUCCCCACAGAUGGAAGGAGGCCGGUGACUUCUGGCGUACCCUAGGGUACAGUCCUCGGCCCAUUGCUCUUUUCAUUAUAUUUAAACGACUUACCAGACAAUGUGCAAUCAUCAAUUAGGCUCUUUGCAGACGAUGCAUUACUUUACGGCAUUGUCGCUAGCGAUGUUGACGUUGACCUUCUCUAAUCUGACCUACGCAGGCUGGAAUCCUGGCAGCAUCAUUGACAAAUGGAGUUUAAUCCUUUCAAAUGCAAAAUUUCUACCAUCUCAGAUAAGGACAAUCCACCCCAGAGAAAAUACGUCAUCUGUGGUGUAGAGUUGGUAGCUUCCCAUACCUAGGGGUUACCAUCAGUAACAAGCUCAAGUGGUCAGCCCAUGUUUCCAUGACAGCAACUAAAGCAAACACAUCGCUGGGUACAAUACAACGCAACCUUUGAAAUUGUCCAAAGAAUGUAAAGGAAAUUGCAUAUCCAUCCCUGGUGCGACCGAAGCUGGAAUAAGCAAGUGUGGCUUAGGACCUGUUUUCGACGUUUUUAAAGAAAGACAUCAGUGCUCUGGAAAGCGUUCGACGUAAAGCAGCUCAGUUCUGCCCACAGAAUUGUAAUAGACAUGCGAGUGUUACGGACAUGAUCAAAGACUUAGGGUGGGCCACGCUGGAAACGAGAAGAAGGCAGUCUAGGUUAACACUUAUGUACAAACUAACUCAUGGUCUUAUUGAUAUAGAUGGCUGAGAAUAUUUAAUUCAACACUUUGAGAGCCGCACGAGGGGAAGCCAUCAAUUUAAAUUUCGCGUACCGUAUGCAAAUAAAGACGUUUUUGAAUUCUCGUUUUUUCCAAAACUAUAGCGGACUAGAACUGCCUCCCUGAAGUCAUUGUUUCAUCAACCUCUUUAGAAACUUUUAAAUAUAGGUUAUCAGUUUUUCUUAGAUAAUAAUUGUAUAUAGUUUAUAUAGUUUUCUUUAUUUAACUUUUAUAUCAUUAUUUUAUAUGUUCAUAGAUCUCUAUUUUAGAAUGGUAAUUGAACUGAGUGGAAUGCAACUUGGGCUGAAAUCAUACGCGUGAUUUCAAAAUCGAACGAGCGUGCAGCGCAAGUUCGAUUUGAAAUCACAAGUAUCAUUUCAGACCAAAAUUGCACGAGACGAGGUUCAGUUACCGCUUUACUAGAUCCAUUUUGAAAUCGCCCAAAUACAGGACUUGGUCAGUUCAAAUAUUUUAUUGAUGCAGUACUGAGCAGGUCUGAAAUUUAAUUCAUCCUUUUUGGGGGGGCAAAAAGUAAGAGUUUUGGAAACAGAAGUUGCAAAAUUUGCCACAUAAUACUCUUUUGUCUUUCAUUUUCCUGCAAUUUGAUUGGUUACUUUAAACAAGCCUUGAAAUCUGACUGGUUGUUUUGUUUUUAGUGUAGCCUCCUAAUUGGCUGGGAAAAAGACAGACGCAAUUUAGAGCAAAAAAUGGUGCGAUUCGUGAAUAAAUAGCAUCAAUUAGAGCCAAUCAGAUUACAGGGACCACCAGUGAUUUCAAAAUGGAUAUAAUAAAUUCAUUUACUAAUUUUAUUUAUUUAUUUGUUUUUAUUUUUACGGUUGGUGUGAUAUCUUAACGAUUUUACCGACCCAAUACAUGUCAAUGUAAAAAAAUGUAAAUAAUAUAUUUUCUUAUUGUUUUAAACCAUACAUUUUUAUAAUCUCCAAUUUUUAUAGUUUUUUAAAACUAAGUUAAGCCUAACUAUCAGAAAUUUUAUCUUGAGGUCUUAAAUUCCUAAUAAGUUCGGCAUAACCGCGUUGGGAAUUCAAAUUGCUAUUAGCCAGUUUCAAAUUGCUCUUUUGUUCUUUUCAGUUUCUUACUGUGAAAACUGCUGUACUUUAAAUGGAGAAUUCUUACCAUGGUUACGCCUAACCAUGGUAAGAAUUCUCUAUUUUACUACCUCAAGAUGAAAUAAGAAUCUGAAACAAAAGAAAUGACAAAAAUACUGAUAAAAUGCAUCAUUUUACGCGACAGCACAUUUUCAGUCUAGACAGUCAGAACCAUUGCUAGGAAACGUGGUAAAGUGAUUCAUUGUUUUAAGACGACGAAACUACAACUAGAGGGCGCCUAAAAACUGUAAAAUCUAUAUAGUUAAAAACUACAUGGCUAUAAAUAGUUUAUGGUGAAAACUGCUGUACUUUAAAUGGAGAAUUCUUCCCAUGGUUACGCGUGGCCAUGGUAAGAAUUCUCCAUUUUACUACCUCAAGAUAAAUUAAGAAUCUGAAACAAAAGGAAUGGCAAAAAUACUGAUAAAAUGCAUCAUCAUAAAGCGAUUCAUUGUUUAAGACGACAAAACUACAACCAAAGGGCGCCUAAAAACUAUAAAAACUAUAGGGUUGUGACGUAAGACCCCACAUAGACUGUUCCAUUUCGAGCUUGACUUGUCCAUUUCACUUUUGUGUUUUUGGCGGUUACGGCGUAAACCAACUGCUGUAACACUAAACCAUUUUGGUUUGUACUAAACCUUUUAAACGGCUAAGAAUAUAUGAAAGUCAUAGGUCACUAAACCUUUUGUCGUCACGCUAAACCAUUUGUGGUCACGCUAAACCAUUUCUCUCUACGGUGAGUAGAUUGAUGCGAUACUAUACCAUUGCGGCUUACGAUUAACCAUUUGCCGAUAACUUAAGCUAUUUCACACUACUCUGAACCGUUUGUGUCAAGUCACUGAACUAAAGUACAAUUAGCUGAACCGUUUGUCAUUUCGAUACUGAACCAUUUCACUAACCCUAAGCAACACUUGGCCAAUCGUGUUUUUAUUGAAUCAGUUCAACAGUUUCUGAAUUGUAUAAACCAUUUUUUGUUUGAAUGUUUCAUUUCAUCAAAGGCGACUUGUUCAUCUCCAAAAGACAAUUAGACCAUUUCUGUUUAUUACAAACCAUUUAUUAUGCCUGUAUUUUUGGCGGUGACGGCCGCCCAUAAAACCGUCUUUCCAUUUUGUUCCCUCAGCAAACCGCCGAGGGAACAACUUGGAGUCCUGAGGCGGAUUCAGGAUUGAUUCGGGUGGUUCGGCCGAACCCCCCAAUAAAAUAAAAAAAACAUUCCAACACGUGCGGUUUCUGACGAGUUUGAUGGAUAUAGUAUACGUCUAAAAUAGCUCAAAACCGAGAUUGUUUUCAAUGGCAAUUAACAAACCACAAUCAUCGACUCAAUAAACCUGGAUAUCACCUCUCCGAGGAUCUAGAUUUCAAAAUGUUCCGUUGGAAGCAUGCCCUCGACCCCCUUGGAUAGUCUCCCUUCAGCAGACGUUUACCCGAACCCCCGUUCAGUACAUCCUGGAACCGCCCCAGGAGUCAGACCUCUCGGAAAACCAGAACCCAGUGGAACAAUGGGGAUCGAAAUCCGCCAGUCGUAUUACACUAUCGGAAAAUGCAAAUUACCAAGACCUAAACCUCGCUUUAUUGAAUGCCGUAGCUUCAAACAUUUCAAAGAAGAGGAUUUUAUUGCUGCUUUACAAAACGUUCCUUGGUAUACCGCCUAUCUCUAUGAAGACUCCGAUGAUAUCUGGGAACACUGGUCGAAACUUUAUAACGAUGUACUCGAGUUGCAUGCCCUUUGAAGAAGAAACAAAUAAGAUGGAUAACUCCUGAAAUAACGCGUGAAAUGUCUCCACGGAAUCGCCUUUUUAAACAGUACAAGAAAAACCCAACGUCACACUCCUGACAGUCUUAUCGUAAACAAUGGAACAAAGUGACAUCCCUUAAACGCAAGGAAAUGAAAGCGUUUUGCCAAACGGCCUCUACAAACAUCAAGAAUCCUGGUGAAUUUUGGAGACAGAUGAAACCUUUACUACCCAACUGUAAAUCAACUACUUCUAUCCACUUUAUACUUGCCACCGGACGUAAAUCCUCUUCCUGCCUUUUGGCAGAACUUUCUUUGAACAACGAAACACGAAUGAGAGUAUCAAAUCACAUUUCUGACUGUAUCUUAGAAAGACCUGCUACAGGACAGGUCUUUCCUCAGGCCAGGUCUUUCCUCAGGCCAGGUCUUUCCUCAGGCCAGGUCUUUCCUCAGGCCAGGUCUUUCCUCAGGCCAGGUCUUUCCUCAGGCCAGGUCUUUCUUCCAAACAAAAAUUUCAUGUUAUGCUUUUCUUCUGACAAAAUAACAUGGCACGUCACUUCAUUCCACGAUCUUUGAAGAACUCCUCACUACACUUUUCAAAAAGUGUUUUUCUCUCACGGCCAGUUCUACUUGUGAAUCGAAUCGAGGUACAAUGUCUAUUUUAUAUACCAACUUUAACCUUAACUUAGGGUUUUGUUCGCAAUAGAGGCAACAUCGUGGGUCAAAUAUAAUUUAUUUUCAUGAGAGAGAAAGCUGCCAAAAUUGUGUUAAUAGCUAAUUUCUCGAUACGUUAUACUUGUCACCGGACGUAAAUCUUCAAAGAUCUUGUCCUCCUGCCUUUUGGCAGAACUUUCUUCGAGCAACGAAACACGAAUGAGAAUAUUAAAAAACAUUUCUGACUAAACCUUAACAAAGCUUCCUUCAGGCCAGGUCUUUCUUCAAGAAACAUGUAAUGCUUUUCUUUCGACAAAGUAACUUGGCACGAUCAUUUGCAGUCACUGCACGAUCUUUGAAGAACUCAUCGCCACUGACCUGAUGCUACCACGAAAACGCUAUGUGUACGCUUUUCGCACAAGAAAACUUCCCACAAAUUUGUAGACAGGAACACUUUUUCGGCGCGACUUGGAUCAACUGCAGUCCUCACUAUCACACCAACUUCUCAGCACUUCUAACUUGAAGCUUUACCCAAAAGUUACAUGUACUUCGGUUAGAAUGGUCACGUCGUUUCGAUCGAAUUUUUAAAUGCCUACUAUAGACAGGAUUUUGGGGGUGAAGCCAUAUAUAUGGAAGACGAGGAGCACGGAUUGACAUAAUGUUGGAAGAUUUUAAAUAAUGGUCCAACAUGUGAAAACUGACAAAAUAAGGAUGCGCACUAAUUAACCAAAAUGCGCAACCGAAGAUGAAAAUGAAGCAUACUCAAUUCGAGAUACAAUGUUGCGUCAAAUAAUCUGAGGAAAUUUCUUUACGAGAAAUCGUUAAUUCGUUUCAAAUCAUCGAAUCAUAGCAAUCAUAACUUCUUGAGAAAUUAAAAAAAAAAAAAAAAAGGAAACAUUAAAAGGCACACAUACCCCUAUCCUGACCUUCAGGCGAUGAACACAAAGAAGCUCCGAAAGGUGUCCUAGAUUUAAAGGGUACCUUGACAAUCGGCUAUUGUAGUUAGGUUCUCAGAGACUGACAACGUUUUGCUUACCCCGACAGGAAGCUGAAAAAAUUCUUGAACGGCGUGCAACCACGUAAAACCGGAUUUGGCCACGUCAGCCACACCGAAAGGUUAAAAAAUAUAAAAAUUUUACAAUUUGAUUUGAUUAAACUGAAAACAGUAAAAUAUAAGAAAAAAUAUUCAGAGAAAGGAACUCCUAAUAGGAAUUUUCAAUAGAGGGGAUAGCGUGACAAUCAUUUUAUACAGAAAGGAAGAGGUCAUAGGUUCAGAUCACGGCCUCACUUUCACUACUGCUUAAGCAGUGAUCAUCGCAGCAAAGAUCACUUUCAUAUUCAUUUCUUAAAAACCGAAGGUUACAGAUAUGAUUUUCAUAUAUUCACAGUCGUUAAAAGGAUAGAAUUGGAUCAUGUGGGUAAAAGGCAUUUUCAAAGGUUGUCCCGUCCUCCUCCCACAGGACUUUCAACGAGUUUCACUCUAGGUAAUUUUAAUACUUCUGUUUAUUGAUCUGUUCAGCCACGAAAUCAGGCAAGAUGCAAUUUUCUCGAGCUAAAAAGUCACAAACCACUUAAUCUGAAGGUGCCCAUAAGUUUAUCUUUCCACGACCAAAAUACUUGGAAGCAGAAGCUGCCAAUACAAUAGCAGGCGACUGUUGCUGUGAAGUGAAUCAUUAACUACUAAUUUGUUUCAAACUAGUUUUUUAUUCCAUGAAUUGACCAAGCUUAUUUUGAAUGAUUUCUAUCAUUCUUUCUUGAAACCCAGGAGAGACACGAUGAAUGACCUCUAAACGCGUUUGAGGAAACCGUUUGAGUUCCAUGUAACAUUAUACCUGCCAUACAAAAGCAAAAAAAUCCACCGUCAUUAUCAAAUAUGAAUCUUUGUUAGUCUGUUCACAGCCAAUAAAAUUUCUUUUAAAUGUCAUCCCAAAGCGAAAGAAACCCCGGGGGGGGGGAUUUAACGAGUGCUCCCGAUGGGGGUGGGUGGUCGGUGACAAAGGAAAUAGGCGGCCUGUGGAAUAAUUGUUGUCACAGAAUUCAUCGUUUCUCAAAUAACGAAAAAUUCUCAGGGACUAAAAUGUCAUUGAUAUGAGAUCGGUCCAAAAUAUGAAUGAGAUGGGGAAAUAGUCUUCGCAAUUCUUAGUAAAGGUUGUUCCACCCGGUUUUCCAGAUCCUGCAUGAUCGUCUUUCAGACCAAACAUCAUUUUUCAUACCCGUCUUCAUCCUUAAUAGCGUUUGAAAUUUAUUUCCGUUUCCGAACCUGGAUUACGAGGGCAACAGCUUGAGGAUUUGGUCCAAAAAUCUAUCACGUGUUUUACAGCUUAGUUAAGCUUUGCACCAUGUGAAAUGUAGGAUGUAGAAAACACGUUAAGGCCAAAAUCCUCCGACCCUCCCCCUCACCUCAGGUGAAAAAUAAUAAUCGGUCCCUUAUCGCCAGGUUUUUCUUGUAGCUAUUGCCUUUAAUUUGAAGCUGAUUUUUAAUAUGUGAACUCAACACUCACCCAAAGAGGUCUGUAUAUAGUUGGUCAACAAGGUAUCUCUCUGAGUGAGUUUUCAUAAAUUCCUUUAACUUAUCAAGUUUCGAAUGUCCAAACGGAGUAUACCCAAGCUCUUUGAUUAGUCCCUGGCCAGGCUGGUUUGGUGCUAAUGGAUUAGUAUCUUCUACACAGAUGUAGUCACCAGGCUCCGUAAAUUUGUCAAAGUAUUUCAGUACUUCAACUAUAUUAAUAUGCACGUCUUCGGUAAUGAACCAAGGAUGUGGGAGAGUCUGUGGGUGAAAGUUACCUUGGCUCAAAUUCGGUUUCUCUUACAUUUAAGCUUUGUUAGAGAUAGAUCAUCAAAUUCAGUAAAAUAUAAACAACAGCCUCCGUCCGGCCAGAAAGUAUGCUAGGAAAUCAUCUGUUCUCAGAGGCGAGCAGUAUUCCGAGAACGAAACUCGAGGAGAACUGUGAGCAACGAGGAACAGAUAAUGUCCAAGGACAAAUCUACGAGUAUAUUUUCGCACCAAACGAAGGUUCCUUUGUUUGGCAUCCGUCAAAUCUUUUUUGGUACGACUUCAUUAACAGACACAUAUGUCCCUUCUUCUGUAACAACAAAAAAACCCUCUCUCAUCGUGAAUUGGAUUCAUAACGAAGAAAAGAAACAUAUCUAGAAAUUAGCGAAUCUCAUUUGGGAAAUAUCACCGGAUAUUCCCAAGUUAUGGCUGCGACAUAUAAGAUCACGUGACACGACUAGAAUAAUCGCGCGCAAAUAUCACCGGAUAUUCCCAAGUUGAUGGAUGAUAAUUGGCAAUAUGUUUUCUUACCUGAAGCAAUUCUGGAGGGAAGCAUUUUUCGAUUUCAUUCGAAUUUCCUUCAAUGAAAGUUACAUCAGGGCAUUCCUUGGCGACUGGAUCCAGAAGAGAAAGAUCAAUGUCCAUAGAAAAGACAUGUGACUUCACACCUAAAAUUUUCAGCAUAUCUGCUGACCACAAGGCUGAUCCACCCUUCCAUGCGCCAAGCUCGAUGACUGUCUGAGGCUUCUCUUCCCAAAAUAACUUCUGCACUAUUGCGAGACUAAGACAAUCCUUCAAGAAUGGCACUCCUUUCCAGGCAUUCAAAUAUUUUCCUUCAAAAAAAAACGCUCAUUAACUACUUCAAUCUGUUAGCAGGCCCUCAUGAUAAGCGCUGCAGGACCAGAACUUCUCCGCCCGCGGGAAGAUUGGAGACGAGUCGGGGAGAGGUUUGCCGGGGGUCUGGCACUAUCAGUGCCAAGGCCUCUCGCCCGCUUGCGGUGCACGAGGCCUCAUACUUUCUCGCGGGCGCAGAAAUGAUCGUCCCGAAGCGUUAAUAACGAGGGCCUCACAGGCUAAAAUUACUCUUUCUCUAGUCUCCUUCACAGUCGUGCUAAGGAAUGUCACGCAAUGCUUCAUGAUGUCACCCCCCCGUUCUCUUGGGGGAAGGGUCGCGUGAAAACCAAACGAACGACUGCAAACGAGACAACUCUUACUUUAUCAAUUUUAAAAGAAACAAAUUAAACAUAUGCACUUCUGUGCGUCCUGGAUGGUCACGCCUUCUCAGUUCGUUGCAGCCAUGAAUAAUUGUUCCAUUCUAGUACUAGUUUACAGAACUACGACCGGCUCUUCUGCUCAACAUGACCAAAAUAAAAUUGUCUUUGACUGACAUUAAUUACGCGCGUUCUAUGGUCAUGAGCAUGUGCGUAAGUCCUUUGCAACCUGGUUUUGCGGGAAGUAUUGUGCUUCAAUCAGAUUUUUUUUUUCUUCUGGGCCUGUAUAGGUCUCUUAGCUUUGAUUUUCUCUUAGGGUGGGGAUGUGAACAUCAAUCUUACCAUGUGCUAUUUUCAACAUCAUGUCAGAUGACAUGUCACUCGUGUCUAGUCUUUCCUCAAAUCGAACAAAUCGUUGUCUGCUGGACAUCUCCUUCAUGAUGACUGGUGAGAUAGCACGAUAAUCGAGGUCAUCCAUUUUCUCUAUUUCAAGGGCUGCACCUGUCGAAAAACGGAUAAAUGUUUCUCUGCGUUGUUUCAAUGAUUAAAAGAAUCAAUUCCUCAUCAUUAUUUUGUGACAAAAUACUGUUAAAAUAUCACCGGGUAUUAUCAAAGCGACGAACAUACGCACUUGCAACUGUGGAAAUACGGAUUACUGCGUCUCUGUAAUGGUCCAUUAUAAAGUUGCACGCUUUAUUGCCAAGCUUUUAACAGGAGUGAGUCUAAGGGUGACCUUGUUAUGAUGCAAACCCUGCUGCUUUUCAAAUGUUAAUUGCCUUGUUAUUAUGCACAGGUACGAAAACGGAUAAUUGCUUCUCUGCAAUUUAUGAAUGGGUAAAAAAUUUAAUUCUUCAUCAUUAUUGUGUGACGAAAUAUUGUUGGAACUUUGCAGGUAUAAAUUACCGGUCCAUAUUUAAGCGUCGAACAUACGUAGCCGCACAUGAAAUGAUCUCAAAAUAAUACGGGCCUUUGCGGUUUUCAAUGGGCAGCUGCUCGCAGUAUGUUGGAUAUUUCAUAGAGUAAAAUAUCAUUGCAACAAAGCAUCAAGAAAGAUGCAUUCAGGCCGGCCGAUUUCUAGCAAUAGAUGUAGAAUUAUGUCUUUUAAGUUUUACUGUGAAAGCACUCCAGCUGCUGUAACGCUGUGUAGCGCGUAACACAUUAAGGUGGGGCUUUACCUGAAAAAAGCGCACUUUUUGUAUAGCAUGUAGCAAUCACAGUUUUAAUCCAAACCAUAACAAACUUUAUAUAACUGGAAAGCUUAUACUCCAAAGGUUCUGAAAACGAAUGUUUUUAUGCACUGCCAGCAAAAGUAACCUGGUACCAGGCUGUCAAAGGCACUACCCGCAGUGCAAAAGCCUCGG